UUCUAUUUCCAGCUGUUUUUGGAACGCUCUCUCUCCUCUCUCUCUCUUUUGCUGGGGGAAGAUCUCUCCACCAAGUGUCUCAAUUUAACAGGAGCUCCCUCCCUCUCUCUCUUCCUCUCUCAGCUCCUUCCUCCUCCCCUUCGGCCGUGACAGAGCACACCUGCUUGGUCUUGGCUGCGCGCGCUCUCAGUGCAAUUAUCGCUCAGCCCCUUGCAGCACAGUGCAGAAGGCUCACAGUGAUUCAGCCUAUAGCCCCAACUGGAUAUUUGGAAGGAAGACCAUCUGACCUCGGCGCACUCUAACUCUCUCGCUCUCUCUCCCACGAUUCUAAAGAGCACAGAUCCCUGACAACUGCUUCCCGGAGACGUUACCCUACAGCAGGGUCAACUACAACGCUGUGUGGUCUAGAUACCUAGACACGGACUGAACCCAUGCUCCAGGACAAAGGCACCAUGAGGUCAGCCUGUCUCUCCCUGCUCCUGGUCACAGCGUGCUGGUCACUUCCCUUCCGCCAGUCGGGCUUCCUGGACUUCAUGAUGGAGGAUGAGGCGGGCUCUGGCUUGCCAGAGGUGCCCAUCGAGCCCAGCGUGGACAUCCCCACCAUGCCCGAAGGACCCAAGUGCCCCUUCCGCUGCCAGUGCCACCUGCGCGUGGUGCAGUGCUCCGACUUAGGCCUGAAGAGUGUUCCAGAUGAGAUCCCUGCAGACAGCACCCUGCUGGACCUGCAGAACAACAAGAUCACUGAGAUCAAGGAGAAUGACUUCAAGACUCUGAAGGGACUCCAAACCCUGAUCCUGGUGAACAACCAGAUCACCACAAUCCACCCCAAGGCCUUCAUUCCCCUGGGCAAGCUGCAGCGCCUCUACCUCUCCAAGAACCACCUCAAGGAAAUGCCCGCCAACAUGCCCAAGAGCCUGCAGGAGCUUCGCAUCCACGAGAACGAGAUCACUAAGAUCAAGAAGGCUUCCUUCGAGGGCAUGGCCCAGGUCAUCGUCAUGGAGCUCGGCUCCAACCCCCUGAAGAGUGCAGGGGUUGAGGCUGGGGCGUUCGGGGCCCUGAAGAAGGUCUCAUACAUCCGCAUUGCAGACACCAACCUUACAGAGAUCCCCAAAGGUCUGCCCUCCUCCCUCUCCGAGCUCCACCUGGACAGCAACAAGAUCACCAAGGUGCAGGCGGACAACCUGAAGGGCCUCAAGAACCUGGCUAAGCUUGGUCUAAGCUACAAUGAGAUCAGCCAGGUGGAGAACGGUUCUCUGGCCAUGGUUCCUCACCUCAGAGAGCUUCACCUGGACAACAAUGCCCUGACCACCGUGCCUGCAGGCCUGCCUGACCACAAGUACAUCCAGGUGAUCUACCUCCACAGCAACAAGAUAGGGGUGGUGGGCACCCAGGACUUCUGCCCACCAGGCUACAAUACCAAGAAGGCCAUGUACUCUGGCAUCAGCCUGUUCUCCAACCCCGUCCCUUACUGGGAGGUGCAGCCCAUCACCUUCCGCUGUGUGUUCGACCGCUCUGCCAUCCAGCUGGGCAACUACAGGAAGAAGUAGAGAAAAAGUAGACCACCCCCAGAGAGAGGGAGAGAGAGUGUGUGUGUGUGUGUGUGUGUGUGUGUGUGUGUGUGUGUGUGUGUGUGUGUGUGUGUGUGUGUGUGUGUGUGUGUGUGUGUGUGUGUGUGUGUGUGUGUGUGUGUGUGUGUGUGUGAACCGCAGCCCCCCAUCUACCCCACAACACUGAUCGGCAACUUUAUCCCCAUUUUAAAACCAUAACGGACAUCCAAUACAGUUUUAACAGUUACAGUACUUAAUGUUUUCAUGAGCAAAGACAGAACAGUUACAAAACUCAGUACCAAACCUUCCAUAGAUGGCUUAGUGAUAACUCAAACCAGCUCUGUAUGCAAACAGUUGAUUUAUAAUAGUCCAUGUGUCAUUUGUACAUUUCAUAUUCUACAACAGUAAUCACUGGCAUUAUCCUGUAACAGGUCUUCCAUACACAAUAAACCGUCAACUCAUGAAAUACUGUAACACUACCUCAUGGUAGUUAUCUGUCAAAAAGCUCAACUUAAAGGGGAUGUCACCCACUUUUCAACCUCAUUUUCAUUAGCUCCAUUACAAUACCAUUGUCUACAUAUGUGAAAACGUAACAUUUCUAUGUUUUGUAGAAAACAAAUGUGAAGUUAAAAAGAUAUACCCAAUGACAUCAUCAAGAAAAUACCAUCCCUCUGGCUAGAAACUCGCUGCAGGUUUGGAAAAGCACUGUUUUAAAAAAAACUUUUACUCCUACCCUGUGAUGUCACAGAGAAGCAUUUUUUAGGACCUUUCUUCUUAUCUGUUUACCCACAGAUCAUAGACUAAACAACGUGUCGUUUUCACACAUGUAGACACUGAUAUGGUGCUGGAGAUAAUGAAUAUGAGGUUGAAAAGGGGCGGAACUGCCCUUUAACAGAAGUCUGUGCAAUGGUUUCGAAGUGUGUGCCCUCAGAUUGCAUGACUGAAAUGUUAUUUUGUGUGUGAAAGAAACAUUAUGAAAGACAACAAAAUAUUUUCAACAACAACAAAAAAUAUCUAUGACCACUUUGAAAAUAUGUACACGGUUAACCCUUUAAUACCUCACACAUGUCAACUGGUUGAGAUUGGCCGAAAAAUCUGAAUUUGCCCGGUGUAGACAUGUUGUGUGCAACAAGUCUUUACGUGCAUAAAUCUGUGACAAAUACAGAAGGUAAGCUGACCUGCAGAGCGGGCAGCCAAGGGUUAACUCCUGUCUUAAUAUCAUUAACACCAGCUAGGAGACUAGAAUGUACUAGAGUAUAUUACCUGUGUAGUAGCUAGCGUUCAAAGUGUACCUUUACAAUAUGUCGUACUAUUUGAAAGAAUUCCCCAUUUUCUUUCUUUCACAUUGUAGUCGAUUGCCAUGUCUCCUGCUUGCUUCGCUGUUGAACUUUUGUUGUUUUUUACGAAAUGUUCCGACAGUUUAAAGAUUUCUGAUUCUCCGUAAAGCAUUUAUUUCGUCUUCUACACAUUCCAUUCCCCCAUCUGUCAUGUAACAUCAGCUCAUACAACCAAGAUGAAAAUAGCUCUUAAAGAUGUAGAAUAAACAAUAUAUACGUUCCGAACCAGAAGCCAUGCCCAAAGAUCUAUACGCAUGCUUUUAUUCUUUUGACUUGAAGCACGGUUGUGGCUUCUGGAAUGCCAUGUUAAUGCCUGUUUUGUUUCUCUUCUUUUUUUCGUUUUUUUUUUUUAAGUCUGAAGAGAAUUGGAGGCUUGCAGGCGGACUGUCAUGCCUUCAGUGCCCAUGUUAGUGUGAAUGUUUGUAUGUAUAGACGCUGUAUAUAAAUGCUGUAUAAGAAAAACUCUCAUUGCUUAAAAGCACAAGCACUUACAGUAGUUCAGACUUAAUAUAUCAACAAUAAAGAUGUUCCUCUCUUUUUUUUCUGAGCGGGGGCUCCGCCUAAGGCGCCCUGAACCAAAUAAAAAUACCAAUUAAAAAGCA